GCAACUAAAACAAUCUACCCUACAUACCUAUGUAGCCUAAUGUAGGGAUCAUGUAUGUACUCAUCAAUUACCCUUCUUCAAUGUUGUCUCCGUUACUGCGUUCAUAUGGAGGGCCGUCUGGUAUUGAGCAUUGAACUCAUGAUAUCUCCAGGUCUACCUAGGUAUAAUUCCUACCCAUCCUGAGAAGAGGCAAACGGGAGAGCAACUGCUUAACUACCUAGGUAACUUGAAUAUUGUAACAACAUUCAGUGGCUGCUAUCUGCAUAUCACCUAAGUAUGUAAGUAGGUAGGUGCUAUCAUUGGUAAUGAUCUACCAGCCAUGUACUACAUAUGUAUGUAGAAGGAGUUCCCAGGCCUUCACUGUUGAGACCAAGACGGAAUGCUACUUUCGAGUACGUGCCGUACUAGGAUUCUCCGCAGAUUAGGAAGAUCAACAAACCAACAAAGCAAAGCAUCUGAUCUAGGGGUUUGUUCGAUAUGGACCUCUCCUCCUUUAGGAAGGUCGCAAGCCAUUGAUUGUAUUGAUUUCGACCUGAACCCUCGAAUUGUCCUCUUCUUCUUCCGGUAUCUUUCACCAACAUUUGUCGCCAGUUUCCUCUACAUAUGUAGGUAGGUAAGUUGAGAGACAGUAAGAUGACGCGCCGACUGUUCCCCUGGACAACCCCGCAGCAGAUUCUCCUCAUUCCCCUCAUCCUCCCUACCUUAAUCCUGUGCGCCGACAUCCUCCAGUUCGUUGAUCCACUCAUUGGCAGUACGAAUGGAGGAAAUGUAUUCGCAGGGGCUACAAAACCUUAUGCUCUAGCGAAGCCUGUCGCAGAUGUAGAUGGCCAGAAUACGGGGGGCUUUUCAACUGACGGUUCGAGGGUCACCGGCUUUUCGCCAACACAUGAUAGCGGCACAGGCGGCAAUCCAAGUCUGGGAAACUUCCCCUUGUUUCCGCAACUCUGUCCUGGAGAUGAGGUAAACAAUUGCAAGUUCUUGAUUAGCGACAGAGCUACCCACUAUGUCGAAGAGUCCGUCGUCGCCCGCCCAGGCUUCUUUGGGAUAGAUUUGGAGUCCGGAGUGAAGGCGACAAUGACCUCGAGCGAGCAUGCGGCUCUAUAUAGGUUCGAAUUUCCAGCCGGAGACGAUCAGCAUCCCUUGGUACUGCUGGAUCUCACAGACCUAUGGAAAAGCCGGCAAAAUGCCAGCGUCAGCGUAGAUCCUAGCAGCGGGAGGCUUAAAGGGAACGGCACGUUCCUCCCAAGUUUUGGAGCCGGAUCUUAUGUGAUGCACUUUUGCGUAGACUUUUUCGGCGGCGAAAUCUUCGAUAAUGGUGUCUGGGUCAAUAAUCGAGGAGGCACGGAGCCAAAGGAAUUGUUCGUCACCCGCGGUUUCAACCUCUUUUACUUAGAGGCUGGCGCAUGGGUCAGGUUUAGCGGAUUGGCGAACAACACCGUGUCCGCCAGAGUGGCAAUCAGCUACAUCAGUGAAGACCAGGCGUGCCGACGGGCAGAAGAGGAGAUACCUGAGCCUCUCACAGACUUUGACAGACUCGUGGCCGAGACUGAGGACGCGUGGCGGGAAAAACUGAGCCCGGUCUCUAUCGAUGCUGGCGGUGCGAGCGAAGAGUUCCAGACCAGCUUUUGGAGCGGGCUGUACCGCACGAUGAUAUCUCCCCAGAAUUACACGGAUGAGAACCCGUACUGGGAUAGUGGGAUCCCUUACUUUGAUUCUUUUUAUUGCAUUUGGGACUCGUUCCGCGUUCAACAUCCGCUCCUUACCAUCCUAGAUCCGAGCGCCCAGGUUCAAAUGGUCAACUCACUCUUGGAUAUUUAUAAGCACGAGGGCUGGCUACCCGACUGUCAUAUGUCAAUGAGCAAUGGCUGGACUCAGGGAGGUUCUAAUGCAGAUGUCGUUAUCGUUGAUGCUUACAUCAAGAACCUCACAGGAAUUGACUGGGACCUGGCGCUAGAGGCAAUUAUACAAGAUGCCGAAGUCGAACCACUAGAGUGGGCGUUUCACGGUCGAGGUGGUUUGCAGAGCUGGAAGGACCUUUCAUAUAUCCCGUAUCUGGACUUCGACCCUGUCGGGUUCGGAACGAACUCGCGUAGCAUUUCGAGGACCCUGGAAUAUGCCUAUAACGACUACUGCCUUGCUACAUUAGCACAGGGGCUGGGGCGAGACGAUUUGUACGAGACGUAUGUCACGAGGAGCGCUAAUUGGCGAAACUUAUGGAAAUCGGAUCAGAACUCGAUCAUUAACGGCAAUGAUACAUCGUUUUUGGGAUUCUUUCAGCCAAAAUAUCAGAAUGGGUCAUGGGGAUACCAGGACCCUAUCGCGUGCUCGGUACUUGCGAGCUUUUGUUCACUUACCACCAAUCCUAGCGAAACAUUUGAAGCUAGUAUAUGGCAAUAUCAAUUCCUUGUCCCUCAGUCGAUGUCGAACUUGAUAACACUGAUGGGCAGUGAAGAACCUUUUGUUGAGCGUCUCGACUUCUUUCACACAUCAGGGCUGGCUGAUAUCUCUAACGAGCCUGUUUUUUCAACUGUAUACCUAUACCACUACGCAGGUCGUCCCGGCUUGUCUACUAAGCGGCUGCACACCUAUAUUCCAUCUGCCUUUAAUUCAACCCAUGGUGGGUUGCCAGGUAACGAUGACUCCGGGUCGAUGGGUGGGUUCGUGGUAUUUGGAAUGAUCGGACUGUUCCCCAUAGCGGGGCAAGAUGUGUAUCUCAUAUCAGCACCGUUCUUCCAAGAAGUGAACAUCACCAGCCCAUUGACAGGGAAGACGGCACAGAUCAAGACGGUUGGAUUUGGUGCAAGCUACGAGAAUAUAUAUAUUCAGAGCGUUACCGUCAACGGGCAGCCAUGGACCAAAUCUUGGAUUGGCCACGCGUUCUUCAACGAGGGGUGGAUUAUGGAGCUGGUGCUGGGAAGCCAGGAGUCUGACUGGGGGACUAAGGUGGAGGAUCGACCACCGAGUUGGGGCGACGCAAUGUCGUGACGCCUUUGUGGUGUUGAUGUUGGGUUAUUUUCAACGACAAUAGGCUCUCUACCUGGCGUAUCGUUAGCUAAGCUACCCAGUAAAUAAUGACUAAUUACAAAUUAGGUAAUAGAGUGUAUUUAUACCCUACUUCCCCCUUUAUCAACAAUUAAAACGAUUUACUGGACUGGAGUGAGGUUCCCUCUUCUACAGCCCCCUCUAAGUCAAUGUAUAGUUAACGUCAACGUCUAGACCGUCCUCAUGUUCAAGACAGGCAGUCUCUCAUAUCAUUAUAAGUCAAAACUAAACGAUAUAUUACCAGAUACCAUUAUAACUUAUGCCAGGCCAGAUAUAUAAAGCCCAUAUAUUCCACAAUCUUAGACAACUAUAUCCUUAAUGAAGAACGUGAAGUUUGGUUCGAAGGAGUACCUAGCAAACUUGAGGUCGGCGGUGAGGAUAUAGCAAGCUGCCAAUGUGCAAACGCAUCCAUUGGAAAACAAAGCAUUGCGUCUCUCUGCCCAAUGGAUCAGUAGAUGGCCUUUCAUGCUCGUACCCGACUCAUGGUUUCGGGUUUAUACAGUAGAAUAGUGAAGUUCAAGAGCUUUUAUGUGAACAAAAGAGUUGGCAACAUAGAAGGGAGGCCAAUGGGUGAAUUAGCCAUUGAC